AUAUUUAAUGAUUUUUAUGCUGUGUCUGGUCUGCUAUUAUCCCUUCAAGUUAUUCUUCAUUUAUAUUAUGUUUUCCAUUUCUAGUAUUUCUAUUUGAUUCUUUUUACAGUUUCCAUCUCUCUUCUGAAAUUUCCCAACUGUUUGUGCAUGUUAUUCACCUUUUCAACAGAACUUCUAGUAUUUUAUUCAUAGUUAUUGAAAAUUGUUUAGCUGAAAGUCCAAACAGCUAGGCCAUCUCUGGGCCUGGUUUUAUUGAUGCUUUUAUGUCUCGAGGUGGAUCAUUUUUUUGUCUUGCUGUUUUCUGUGCCUUAGCUCUCACCCUGCUUUACAAGCCUGUGUCACGGGGAUGUCUCUUUGCAUGAUUGUUGCUUGUUACUCAUUGCAGUGCCUAUAGUAUAGUGAGAGGAGGGGUAAUUUCUUAAUACUCCUGUUUUAGUCCCAGCCUUACAGACUUUGUGGGCCUGAGUUUCGGGGGCAGAACUUUCUGAGUAUUCCUUUUCUUCCUCCAGUGGCAGACAAUCUCACCUUUCUACUCACAGUCCAUGUUUAUAUCAGAGGCAAUUUCCCUUUCUCUACCUUCAUGGCAGCUUAACGCUGCCUUGCAUUGGGGAGUGGUCUUCUACAUAAGUGAGUUUCCUCUCAGCAUCAGUAGACUUGCUUUAUUGUGAUUACAGCAUUUGGGCAUGAACAGGUUGUCUGCUCCUCUUCUAGUGCCAUGUGCGUUUGAUGUAGUAUCAGCGUAGGAUGAGGGAUAGGUUUUCUAUCCCUCUUUUAGUGGUGGGCAACUUUUGCUUGGGAAAUUUCUUGUCUCUCCCCUGUCCCCCAGGGACAGAUGUUCAUUCCUGCCAAAUGAGGGUCAAGUUCUGAGUUUACUUAAGGUUUUGUUCCUCCCUAAGGGGCUUUUGCUCCAUAACAGAGUAAAUUUUGGGGGUUGCAGACAGGGUUGUGCUUGUCUUCCAGAUGCAGUCAGUCGCAAGGUUGUACUCAUGCAAGGCCUCAAGCACAAAUGGGCUUCCAAGCUGAUGGCGUCUGUGUCUUUAAAUGCUUACUCAACAGAGACACUGAAUGUUGCCGUGUUGGGAAGGAGUCCAUCUUGAUUACUCUGGGAUGCAACAGUGUUUUGAUGAAGUUCGAGUCUCAUGCUGAAUUCAGUGCAUUUUCAAAUACCUUGAAAAGAUGCCGGAAUCAGAAAAAGGAGCACUCAGUGUUCAGCCAGCAGACAGAAGAAGCAUCUGCUACACAAUACUUCCAGUUUUAUGGCUCCAUUUCCCAGCAGCAGAACAUGAUGCAAGAUUUUGUGAGGAUAGCCACGUACCACAGAGCCAUCCUCCAGAACCACGCUGACUUUAAAGACAAGGUUGUGCUAGAUGUUGGUUGCGGAUCAGGAAUUCUGUCAUUUUUUGCUGUACAGGCUGGAGCUAGGAAAGUUUAUGUGGUUGAAGCCAGUUCCAUAGCACAAUAUACUGAGGUGCUAGUGAAAAAUAACCACCUUUCAGACAAGAUCAUCGUUUUGCCAGGAAAAAUUGAAGAAAUCUCACUUCCUGAGGCUGUAGACGUGAUCGUUUCCGAACCAAUGGGAUACAUGCUGUUCAAUGAAAGGAUGCUAGAGAGUUACCUUCAUUCUAAAAAAUGGCUAAAAUCAAAUGGAAUGAUGUUCCCGACAUUCAGCGACAUCCACUUGGCCCCCUUUUCUGAUGAACAGCUCUACGUGGAACACUUCUCCAGAGCCAACUUUUGGUACCAGCAGUGCUUCUAUGGGGUCAACCUGUCCAGUCUCCAGGCUGCAGCAGUGGACGAAUACUUCAGACAGCCGAUAGUAGACACAUUUGACGUUAGGAUUUUGAUGGCUCAGACUGUCAAAUACACAGUAAACUUCAUGGAUGCAGAAGAGGAAGAUCUACAAAGAGUAGAAAUCCCCUUUGUGUUUCAGAUGGCGCAGUCAGGCCUCAUCCACGGCCUGGCGUUCUGGUUUGACGUGGCCUUUGUUGGAUCUCGGGUAACAGUUUGGCUGUCAACAGCCCCGACCGAGCCUCUGACUCAUUGGUAUCAGGUGCGGUGCCUCCUGCAGACUCCUCUUUUUGCCAAGGAAGGGGAGACGCUCUCGGGGAAAGUCCUGUUUGUAGCCAAUAAGCGACAGAGCUAUGACAUUCAGAUCGUGGCACUGGUGAACCAAACAGGCUUCAGAUCUGAGAGCAUCCUCGACUUAAAGAAUCCAUUCUUUCGGUUUUCUUAGAAGACAGUGACGAGCCAAGCAAUAAGAAAAAUGAAGGCCUGGGAAGUUCAUCGCCAUCCAAGGUCAUAUAUACUUCAUGAUCUAUGCAUUCUAAACUUCACAAGGAUAUUUAGGUUCAUUUCCUUUUUCUUUCCUAACUCUAAAAUUUGUGUCCUAAUGUUAUUGACAAGUCUAUUUCUUGUCGCUUGUUGCAUUGGCUCUUUAUAGCUUUUUGCAUGUGCCUGGAGAACAAAUGUCUUUUCAUCUUUGGUUUCUCUUUAUUAUUCUAGCAAUGCAAACAGCAUUGCUUUCAUUUUUGAAGUGUUUUAAAAGAAAUUUCACAAAACCCUACCUCAUAUUUCUACAUAUGUAAUAUGUAUGGCUGAUAUAAGAGCAUGUUAGCAAUCAUCCUCUAUUUGCAAUUUUAAUCUGACUAUUUCUGCAAAUAUUUUCAACAAAUCAACAGCUAAGUUCCUAGCUCAGCAAUGUGUUCAGAAUUUUUGCCUUAUUCAUGUCAUGGAAUAAUAUGAUGUCACGAAUGCUCUUCAUUGUCAAGAGUCGAUGAGUCUGUGUGUAAUUAAGGAAAUAAAGAUGGAGCCUUUGUCAGUUCUCUUAGGUUUACAAUAAAAAACAUGCAGCGUGAGAUAGCAGUGAGGCCCCUCCUUUGCUUUGAGACAUUUGUUAUAUGUCACACGUCAAAUGGUGAUGAAAGAUGAUCUCUCAAAAGAGCAGGUUUUCCCCUGGCCCAAACAACUCUUAUAAAAAUGGAUGUCACAUCAGCACAACAAUCUAAUGAAGCCCACCAGGCAACCUGCUCACUCUGUAGGGAGAAGUGGAAUAAACAGCAGCUACAUAUUCUCAUCCGUCAGGCAGUCACCCAGAGCUUUCAGCUUUCCACUCUGGUGCUUCUGCUCUUUCUGGCCACUCAGUCUGAAAUAGUCUUCCCCUUCUGUCCACAUGAGCAGUCUCACUCACAUCACCGCAACGCUCAGCUCCAGUACCUCCUCACCAGCAUGCCUUGACCACCUUCUACACUUGCUGAAAGUACCCCUUCCCACCUUUGACAUGUCCUCUGCUUUCUCCUCUUAUCCAGUCCUUUCUUGCAGCAUUUUAUCACUUCCUGCCCCAAACACGCACGCAUCUUUCUAUUCUAUUAGACUCAAGUUCUUUCCGGGCUGGAUGUGUGUUCAAUUCUUUUUUUAGUUUCCCAUAUUGCCUAGCAGUAUGCCCAGUGCAUCAAAGGUCCUCAAUCAAUAUACAUUGAUUACACAGAUUGAUCCUAAGUUCAGAGCAACUAGAAUUGUUGUUCAAACUGCCUUUCAAGAAUGGUAGGCAGAAACCCUGGAUGGCAGAAAUAUGGCUGCUGCCGCUGUCUCCACCCACAUGCAGGGCAGACAUUAAUAAUGGAUCCCUGCACUCCUUCCUGCUGCACCUGGAUGUGACCUCACUGUCCUUCUCAGCUGGACACUCUAGGAACCCAUUGUCAGUCUAUAGAUGUGGGCACAAGAGAUGAAACUCAUGACUUUUAAGGAUCUAAAAUUAAUAUUAUUUCUCUGAGCAACCCUGAAGACCUAUAAUACUUAUGAAUUUGUAAUUUUCCUAAAGCACAAACUUGGUAUAGAUAUAUGCUACAAGAUGAGUGUGAGGAAACAACUGUCUUUUUGUUAGCCACUCAGAGGAUGCAUCUCUCAGUGCAUGAAUGCAAUAACUUCCCUGUUGCAUUCUUUAAAAUUGCUAUUCAUCACCUUCAUCUUAGUCUUGAAAAUUUAAAUAAGUUCUUAGUAAACGUUACCAUAAAAAUGAUAUGAUGUAGGGUGGAGCUUAUUUCAGUGGGAGAAUGUAGUAACUUUACUAAUUAUUCCAACCCUGUAUCUACAGAAUUAUUAAGAAUCAAGGUGGAUUAUCAAAAUGUCAAUUUAUUAUAUUUUAUGGUAGAAAUUUAUGCUACUGUAUUAGAAAAUGACCUCAAAGCAUGUGUUUCAUUGAGGUAGUUAAUUUUAUGAGUCAAUGUGACUGCACCAGGGGUGUCUAUCAUAAAUAUUAUUUCCUGGUAUGUCUUUGAGAGUAUCUCUGGAUGAGAUUAGCAUUUGAAUAGGUGAAUUUAGUAAAGUAAACUGCCGUCCCCAAUGUGGUUGGGUAUCGUUCAAUCUGCUGAGGGCCAGAAUAGAACAAAAAGGUGGAGGAAGGAGGAAUUCACCUCUUUUGCUUCCUGACUGCCUGCUAGAGCCCCAGCUCAUGCGUCUUCUCCUGCUGUCGGACUGGGAUUUACACCCUUGGCUCCCCUGGUUCUCAAACCUUAGAAGUAGAACUAGAAUUUCACCACUGGCCAUUCUGGGUCUCAGCAUGCAAACAGCAGACUGAGAGACUUUUCAGCUUCCGUAAUUGUGUAAGCCUAUUCCUCACAAUAAAUGUCUUUCUGUAUGUAUAA